AUUCCACAAAACAGUCCCAAGUUUUCACCAACAAUCUUGGGAACAUCAUCACAUACCUAUCCUAUACUGCAAGCAGCUAACAAUGGGGAGACAAACUAAACUCUCCAUUAAUGGAGUUGCGCUGCUGCUGCUUCUAGUUUCCCUCUGCACUGCAGAUGCCGGGCCAUACAUACUAUACAAAGAUCCCAAGCAGCCGAUAAACCGUCGGAUCAAGGACCUGAUGGACAGAAUGACCUUAGAAGAAAAAAUAGGCCAAAUGGUUCAGAUUGAUCGCACCGUCGCCUCUGCCCAGGUCAUGAACAAAUACUACAUAGGGAGUGUGUUGAGCGGGGGAGGGAGUGUUCCGGCGAAGAAUGCGUCGGCGGAGACAUGGGUGGAUAUGGUGAAUGAUUUCCAGAAGGGUUCGUUGUCGACACGUCUGGGGAUUCCCAUGAUUUAUGGGAUUGAUGCGGUUCAUGGACACAAUAAUGUGUACAACGCCACCAUUUUUCCUCAUAAUGUUGGUAUGGGAGCAACCAGGGAUCCUGAACUAGUCAAGAAAGUGGGAGCUGCAACAGCACUUGAAGUCAGAGCUACUGGCAUUCCUUAUGUUUUUGCUCCUUGUAUUGCGGUGUGUCGAGACCCGAGAUGGGGAAGAUGUUAUGAGAGCUACAGCGAAGACCCUAAUGUGGUUAGGGAAAUGACAGAGAUCGUGCCUGGUUUGCAAGGUCAAAUUCCUUCCAAGUCUCGACUAGGCGUUCCAUACGUUGCUGGAAAACAUAAUGUAGCAGCUUGUGCCAAGCACUAUGUGGGAGAUGGAGGCACCACAAAGGGCAUAAAUGAGAACAAUACAGUGAUCACCAGGCAUGGCCUGCUUAGCAUUCACAUGGCUGGCUACUACAAUUCUAUCAUCAAGGGAGUGUCAACAGUCAUGAUCUCCUACUCAAGCUGGAAUGGCUUAAAAAUGCAUGCUAACCAUGAAAUGAUCACCGGUUUCCUUAAAAACACCCUACGUUUCAGGGGUUUUGUUAUCUCAGACUGGCAGGGUAUUGACAGGAUUACCUCUCCUCCUCACAAAAACUACACAUUUUCCAUUGUAACUGGUGUUAAUGCGGGCAUUGAUAUGAUUAUGGUUCCAUUCAACUAUACAGAAUUUAUAGAUGGACUAACCUCUCUGGUGAAGAACAACUUUGUCCCGAUGAGUCGAAUCAACGAUGCUGUGAAAAGGAUUCUCAGGGUGAAGUUUACGAUGGGUCUAUUCGAGAACCCACUGGCUGAUUAUAGCUUGGUCAAGUACCUUGGAAGUCAGGAGCAUAGAGAAUUGGCAAGAGAAGCAGUCAGAAAAUCCCUAGUUCUGCUCAAGAAUGGUGGAAGUGGAAACGAACCGGUAUUACCACUUCCAAAGAAGGCGUCAAGAAUUCUGGUUGCAGGAACCCAUGCUAACAAUAUUGGAUUCCAGUGUGGAGGCUGGACGAUAGAAUGGCAGGGGCUCAAUGGUGAUAUCACAGCCGGUACCACGAUCCUGAAAGCCAUACAAGACACUGUUGACCCAAAAACAGAAGUCGUAUUCAAAGAAAAUCCAGAUGCUGCAUUCGUUAAGGCCACCAAGUUUGAUUACGCCAUUGUGGUCGUUGGAGAGCCUCCAUAUGCCGAGACUUUUGGUGACAGCGUGAACUUAACAAUUCCAGAACCAGGCCCGAGUAUCAUGACAAAUGUCUGUGGGACUAUAAAAUGCGUUGUUGUACUUGUCACUGGCCGCCCGGUUGUGAUUCAGCCUUAUGUUGCUCAAAUUCAUGCCCUUGUAGCUGCAUGGCUUCCCGGUACUGAAGGCCAAGGUGUUGCUGAUGUUUUGUUCGGUGACUAUGGGUUUGUUGGCAAGCUUCCUCGUACCUGGUUCAAGACCGUCGAUCAGCUCCCCAUGAACGUUGGAGAUCCACAUUAUGACCCGCUCUUCCCAUUCGGUUAUGGCCUCACUACAGAACCUGAAAUGAAGUAACUGAAGUAGCUUUUUAUAUGCAAAUCUUUGGUAGCUUCCAUCCCAUUAAGAUUUUGGCUAGCAAUAAGCAAAUAAGUCAGAUAUCAAUAUCCAUGUAUUCCUAUAUUUCAUUAAUAAUAAUAUUGUUGGCACUUGUUUUAUUUAA